AAACGCAUUGGCUCGCUCUAUUCCAGUAAUCCCAACCUUAGGAUACAUUGGGAAUGGUGGAACCAUUACUGUCUGGGACAGGUUAUUUAAGAAGCCGGAUUAUUGUACAUAUAACCGAAACACAACUGAAAAGGAUAUCUUCCUAAAUCGAAGAUUUACAUUUACAUUCAUAAAGGAUUACAGGGAAAAGGGAAGGAAGGAAACGGCGUUUGGUUGAGUUCCAAAAGCUACACACGCACAGAGAACUGAAUGUCCCUUCUCCACUGAGGACAGCCUCUCUCUGUGUCUUGCCUCUCAGGAUGUCUAGCAUGGUGUUACUGUAGUGAAGGGUCCACCACCUUAGCAUUAGUAGACAGUAACUCAUUCAGCUGAUCACCAUGCCUUGCUUGGUCAGUCCCAGCUCAAAGCCCAACUGGAGCCCUGUCUUGCUCAUCUGUGUUCUCCUGGGCCUCUCAUCUAUACACAUUCUUGCUAAAGAUGUGCCUUCUGUACCCCAGCAGGUGAGCCUGUCAGCCAACAUGCUUACACAGCAACUAUCCAUAUCCUGGCUGGGAGGAGCGGCCACAACCUUUGACCUCAUAAUUCUAAGAACUGAACUCAAUGAAACUGUCUUUUACGAGACAGUGUCUGUGGCAGUGAAUCAGGUGAGUGGUCAGCACCAGUGGAACUGGACCUCAGUUGAACCUCUGGAGUGUACCUCGCUGUCGAUCAGAAUCCGCUCAAGAGAUGGACAGGCGACAAGUGAAUGGAGCAACACUGAGAUUCUUCAAGGAAACGAUCUCCCCAGCAAUGAGAAAUUCCAAAUGUACCCCCAGGACAGAGUUGCACCUGUGGGGGCCAACACCACCUUCUGUUGCAUUGUAGAAGAGGGGAAGUUCUUUGGAACCAUCACCUAUGGCACCAUAGCAAUGAACACAACACGACUGAGUAGGCGAAGUUACGCCACUACAGCAGUUAAUCAGGGACCAACCAACAGUACGGGAACCAACGUCUUCUGUCAGAACAACCUGAAGACAGGCGUGACUGGAACAGUGGUGUUUGUUGGAUAUCCUCCACUGCCCAGUGAUUUUGUGUGUGAGACUCGUGACUUAAUCUCAGCUGUGUGCCAGUGGAACCAAGGACGAGACACACAUUUGUAUGGCAAACGAAGAACACGCUACUCGCUGAAUAACAGGACCUGUGCUAGUGGCAGCCUGCUGCAGCAGAACAAGUGUAGUGUGGACCAGUGGGAGGGUAACUGGAAAUUGGUAGCUGUGAAUCAUCUUGGCCAGUAUAGCCUCACUGACUCUGCUGAACUGAGUCACAGAGUCCAUCCGUUAGCACCAGCUAACCUGACCUCUGUUGUCCAUGAAUGGAAUGCCACUCUGCAGUGGCGGUGGACGUACAAGAGCUAUUCCUCCCUGGCUCUUGAGUGCCAGGUAGAGCUUACCUCUGAGGGGUACAAAACAAUGCAUACCUUCUCUGGUGUGGGUCUGCAGUCGGUGGUUCUAUCGGACCUGUAUCCUGAUGAGGAUUACAGUGUUCGAGUCCGCUGCGGUGCUCAGCAGAACCGCUGGAAGUGGGGAACCUGGAGCGAUUCAUUUUCCUUCAGAACCAACACUUAUGUUCCAGAUUCUCCUGAUGUGUGGAUGUGGAUGAACAGAAACAACACUGGGCAGGUCGUUUGGAAGCCUCUGACUCGGAGACAGAGUCAUGGUCAGAUCACAGGGUACGAAGUUACUUUGUGGAGCCCUGAAGAAAAUCUACAACACACUGAAACCUUUUCACCGGAUACUUCUGUUGCUCCAAUCAACCUCACUCAAUUUGCUACCUUCAGCAGUGACAAGGUCAUAGCAACCGUCAUUGCAAAGAAUGCUGAUGGGGUGUCUCAGCCUGCAAGUGUACUUUUACCUCUACGUUUGACAGACGUGGAACCCCUAGCUGUGUCCAGGGCAUAUUAUACGGACAGCGGUUUCCCUCUGUUCUGGCAGAGUGAUGCCAACGCGACAUGUGGUUAUGUGGUAGAAUGGCAUGAUGCCUCCUGCACGUGGAACUGCGCUGUAGAGUGGAUCAAGGUGGCUGCUGGAAACACUAAUGUCUCCAUUGAGUCAGCAAAAUUCCAGCCAGGUGUGAGGUACACCUUUUCCCUGUACAGCUGCUCCUCGGAGGCCCCAGAGCUGCUGCAGCGCUGGCAGGGAUAUACGCAGGAGCUUGUCCCUUCCAGUUCUGUCCAGCUGUCAACCAGACAGCAGGACAGGACUGAUAUUGUCCUUACCUGGGGAGAGAUCCCGCUGGCCAACAGAAGAGGCUUCCUCCUGGGCUACAACAUUUACAUCAGUAAUGGCUCCCAUCUCACACUUCUAGCCAGUCUGUCAGACCUAGAAAGCAGGACCUACACAGUAAAAGGUUUCUCCUAUAAGGACUCCUAUAAAUUUACUGUCAAGGCCUACACCUCAGCCGGCGAGGACACAGGCGGCACUUCCUCCAUAACGCUGGAGCCAUACACUGAUUGGCUGAUCCUGGAAAUCUUGACUUCUCUGGGAAUCAUAACCUUAUUCCUCUCCUUUGUGACCUUCAUUUGCUACAACAAAAGGAAAUGGGUGAAAAAGGCGUUCUAUCCAGACAUACCUGAGCCUAAGCUGCCCGGUGAUUGGUCCAGGACACAGGGGCCGUUGGAUUUGAAGCCGUCUCCCCACAGUAUGGUCCACGUUGUAGAAAAGCCUGAUUGGGAUUCUAAUAAAGAAAUGCUUGUCGUCAUUCCUGAAGAAGAUGAGGAUGACGAACGGCAGGGGACAGGAGACGAGCCAGUUGACACAGAUGAGCCAACGUCUUUACGCUACUACAACCAAGUGGUAGAUGAGCGGCCCAUAAGACCGUUUUUCCCAGACUCCUCUGCUUCCUCUGCAUCUUCUUUGGAUUCGGCACGCACCGAUGUGACGUACACAGGGAUUCAGACCUCUGGGUCUUCUUUGGUCUUCCAGCUGGAUCCACAGGGCUCCUCUGAGGGCCACCAACCUCAGGCUGAUCUGUCUGUCAGCUAUGGAGGUGGAGGUGGAGGAGCGGGUUACCGGCCCCAGAUGCAAGCUAGAGCCCAAAGUGAUGACUUGGACCUAGCUUCACACGAGCCUUUCCUAGAGCCCCAGGCUACCAGUGCUGGGGGCUACAAACCCCAGAGCUCCUGGCAUAUGGACUCCCCCGUGGAGGCCGGGGAAAGUGAUGGCCUGGCACCCUCUCUGGGAUCCCCCACCUCGGUUGCUUCCACUCAGUUCCUCCUUCCUGAUGGAGAGGAACAAGAAGAUAAGAAACGACAGCCGUCAUCAUCUGCAGCAUCCUGGUUCUCCAGCCUGCUGUCAUCCACAAAACCGUGAUAUCAUCUGUCUCUCUCACUACUAGCAGCCAGGCCAGGGAGGUUAACACAAAACUUAAAGAUUCAUUACUGUUACUGUCAAAAAAAAACGUAACCCAGAUGGUCUAGGUAAAUAUCCCGUCUGAUGUAGCACUACAUUGUUACAGUUGCACAUUGACAGCAGAUUAAGUAUGCUAUUUCAGGUGUUUAUUCCAAACAUACAGAAACACACAUAUAGUUAAUUUUCUCUUUUAUGCAAAUAUAUAAUACAUUAACAUCUGUAUAUUUAUACGUCAAAACAUUUCUAUUCUGACAACGAAUCUCUUAAAAACAAUUUCUUCAUGCCUCUUUUCCACCAUAUUUAUUGCACCCCCUGGCAACCUGGUGGCCUGGUUACUUCCUCACACUGCCUUUUUCUGUGACUCCCUGUAAAAGGGCAUUUAGCAAUGGCAUAUACUGUGUUUCAGUUGAGUAUAUCCAGUGUCCAGUAGCUUGCAUUUCAAAUGUUAUUUUGUUUUUUUUUAUCUUUUGUGAUGUGAACUUUACUACACUACAGAAGGAAACUGAAAGCAAGAAACUUUCAAACCAAAAUGACGACACAAUAACAGUAAAAGACAUUUUUGGAAGAACACUACAAAAGUUGACUGAAACCUUCCUCUCAUUAAUAUCCCUGUCUUCUUUUGGUCGACCAUUUGGUUCAUCUUGCCUGUUUUCUUUCCUGACAGCUGAUGAGCUACUGAAAGGCUGUAAAAAAAAAAAAAAAAAAGUAAAAAAAAAAGAGAGAAAAUAAGAUUUUAAGGGUAUGUAAAGAUGGCAAGGCAAGCUCUCAUCCUUAUAGACGUGAUCUAUUUUUCACAAAUUACUGUCUGAACAAUGAAAUGUUUAUUGAAAGAUGAACUUAUGAAAGAGAACACUCAUAUAUACAGGAGUGGUGCUUUCCAUUAUGGUCUGGAAUUGCUUUGGAUAUACACUGAUAUAAGCUAGAACAUGAAAACUGAUGUAAUUUAAUGAACAAACACACUAUUGUGUUUUAUGUAACUUUGAGUGUUGUUGUUUUGUCUUCCUUAACCAGUAGAGGUUUUUUUUCAGUAUUUUUUUAUUUCAGACAGGCCAGUGUCCUUUUUUUAAUAUUAUGUGUUGAGCAUUAUAAUCAAGCUGAUGAUUGGUAUUGAACAAAUUGAGAAAGAACCUGGAUGGGUAAUUACUAUGUUUAAAUUUCCUACAGAAAUGGAGUGCUUCCAGUAAUUUGCACCGUAUCACCUUUCACACACUGCCUUGCUCCUAAAUAUUAUGUAUAAUGAAAAAGAAUAUUUUACAGUAAUGCAAGUCAGAACUGAUCAGACGUGUAUUGUAUCAGACAUACAGAUUCCACUGGCACUAAGCGUAAUGUACAAGACGUCUGUUUUAAUCACUUUUAGUAUGUGCUGAAAUUUCUAGUUGCAUUAAAAUGGCCGUGAUGUUACUCUCAGCCCUCUCAGUAUAUUUUUGUUGAUGUGAAGAGUUUUUCUUUGAACCCGAUGCUUUAUUUUAAAUCCCAGAGAGAUGGCUGAUAAUGUAUUUGAUGUUGAUUUGCUGUGCUUGGAAGCUUGUUUACUUUUUGGGAUCUCUACAAUGCAUUUAAAAGUUGUUGUUUUUUAAAUGUAUCUUUUCAUUGGAUUUCUUUCCUCCUGAAAGCCUUUGUGAUUGGAAAAGGGGUCAGAGGGGAAAGCAUAUAUCGGGAAAUGGCCGAAAACUUUCCAAAAUACUAUUAUUUAGUUUUUGUUGACAAAAAUGUGGGGAAAAUUACCUUGUGGCUAUUGGCUGCUUGACAGCACUUUGGCAUCUCCAUAAUGGUGUCAAAUACAGGCCACUAAUUGCCCAAGUACACUCCACAUACUGCUCUCUACUCAUGUGUACAUUGUGGAUGUUGGGAUGCACCAUUAGCUAGGCUUCCCGAAAGCAUCAUUAUGCAAAUGUUAUCAUAUUCUUCAGAGUCGGGCCCUGUUUUGCCUGUGUGGUAGCCUGUGGUCUAUUGUUUCUCAGUGCCUCCAGCCGCCAACAAGCUUUAAGUAAAACUACUGUGACAUGAAUGAUGACUUUAUGAGUAACUAUAAUUGAUCGAGUCACUGAUGAACUGGUAACAGGCAGGCAGUCCUCUUUGACUACUGAGAAAAAUAUAUCUCUAUUUUUCUUUUGACUUGUAUCACUGAUCUGAAUUUUACCUUAAUGGGGGAAAAAUGGUUAAAAUAAUGUGUCAAAAGCUUUAUUUUGCACCUGUGAAAUUGAGUAAAGAGUGAACCAACCAGUUGCAUUGUGUAAGAUCAGUGAUCACUUCAAGGCAGUGGUAAAGGGUGGAUGUAGUUUUGAGUAUUUAAACAUGGCUGCAGAUUGUAUCCUUUGAAGCCUGCUUUUUCAAACAAGCAGGGCUUUGGAGACUUGCCUAUGAACGCGAUGUGUUACAUGCUUUUUUUGUUGAUUUGGAUCAACAAAAUGGCACCUAUUUUUUCUCUAAAUCUUUGUUUUUAUACAACUAACUGUACAUAUUUUCUUUUAUUUGUUCCCUUCUAACAAUACAAAUCAUAGUGAUAUUCCUAUACUACAACAGGCAGAGUUAAUGUUGACUAACCAGCUUUCUUGAGAGAAGCAAAUGUAUUGCUAACACCAGAUAUUCAUGGAGUCCUAUGAAAUGUAUGUAUGUUUGUCGUGUGCUUGGAAACACAUGGAAUCCUUUUUAAAUGUCUCUGAAUAGUCAUGUAAACUGAAUUAGACUUAAAAUAGUUUAGCCUGCUUUGCAUUGUUAUCACAUCAGUGUCGCUUUGUCAGACACAGUGUAAGUAAGGCCAGAUUACUCACCAUGCAGACUCAUACAUGGCAACAAUUUUACGUUCAGUCCACUAUUUAUUUCCGUUGUCCAUCCACAUUUUUAAUUGUAACCUGUUUACUCUUGCUGCCUUACACAUCUUCAUCUCUGGCCCUACAUGUUAUUGCAAAAUCGGUGCAUACUGUAUAAACUGUUACUACGAAAUAGUUGCCCUUUAAAGAUCCAUGUUUGUUAGCCCUGACUUUAAAAAACUAACACUGACUAAUGUGCAUGCCAACUUGACUGUAGUAUUGUGCACCUGUAAAAGGCUUUCAUUCCUGAAAAUGCUUUAAAUUUCAUGAUAUUUUGCAGAAUAUUUUACUAUUGAUUAAAUGAAAAGAGACCGUGAAGUGCUUCUGAGUGAAUAAAUAAAUGUUAACACUAAUAACACAAAAUGAAAUGCUACUUGUUUAAAGGCAAUAAAGUUAUUUGUCUGGCA